AUGGCCAGGGGAUUGAAGAAGCAUCUCAAGAGGCUCAAUGCGCCCAAGCAUUGGAUGCUGGACAAGCUUGGCGGAGCUUUUGCUCCCAAGCCAUCUUCAGGCCCUCACAAGUCGAGGGAGUGCCUUCCUCUGAUUCUCAUCAUCAGGAACAGGCUCAAGUAUGCUUUGACAUACCGUGAGGUCAUUUCUAUCCUGAUGCAACGUCAUGUACUUGUUGAUGGCAAGGUCAGGACUGACAAGACCUACCCUGCUGGGUUCAUGGAUGUCAUUUCCAUCCCCAAGACCAACGAGAACUACAGGCUGCUGUAUGACACCAAGGGCCGCUUCCGUCUUCACCCAAUCAGGGAUGAGGAUGCUAAGUUCAAGCUCUGCAAGGUUAGGUCUGUUCAGUUUGGCCAGAAGGGCAUCCCUUACCUGAACACCUACGACGGCCGCACCAUCCGCUACCCUGACCCGCUCAUCAAGGCCAAUGACACCAUCAAGAUUGAUCUGGAGACCAACAAGAUUAUGGACUUCAUCAAGUUUGAUGUUGGCAAUGUUGUCAUGGUGACUGGUGGGAGGAACACUGGCCGUGUUGGUGUUAUCAAGAACAGGGAGAAGCAUAAGGGCAGCUUUGAGACCAUCCACGUCGAGGAUUCCCUGGGCCACCAGUUUGCCACCCGUAUGGGCAACGUCUUCACCAUCGGCAAGGGCAGCAAGCCAUGGGUGAGCCUGCCCAAGGGCAAGGGCAUCAAGCUGAGCAUCAUUGAGGAGCAAAGGAAGCGGGAUGCGGCUGCCCAGGCUGCUGCCGCAUAA